UUCUGGGCGUUCACAAGACACAAUGCAGCAUGGUUCUUCCCGAAUGCCAAAACAGGAAGCGCUUCCGAAUGCAAUAUUUGGGCAUGAAUCCAAAAAUUGGACCGCAUUGCACGAAGCUGUAGCGGCGGGCGACGACAAGCGCGUGGAAGUUCUGUUAUCAAGCAACGUUGAUCGUAUGGCCAAAGAGUCCAACAAUGGCAACACACCAUUACACGAAGCGGCGAUGCGGGGCUUCAGUCGUUGCGUGAAGCUGAUCUGCACUCCUCCACCAUCUAAAUCACAACACAAGGAAAAGAAUAGAUUAAAGGCGCGAGUUGCAAAUACAAUAGAAGCCCUACAUAACAGUACGCUUGGUAUUAUUAACAAUGAAGGGUUAUCUGCCCUGCACCUGGCCGUUCAGAAUGGGCACAAUCAGAGUACUAGAGAGCUAUUAAUUGCUGGUGCUGAUCCUGAUGUUCAAAACAAUUACGGAGACACACCUUUGCAUACUGCGUGCCGCUAUGGUCACGCUGGUGCCACACGGAUUCUGUUAUCGGCAUCUAUUGACCCCAAUAAGACCAAUCUUAAUGGAGACACUGCACUUCAUAUUACAAGUGCUAUGGGGAGAAGGAAAUUAACACGUAUCUUGUUGGAAUCAGAUGCUCGUUUAGAUAUAAAGAAUGCGCAGGGUGAAACACCCCAAAAUAUUGCAUUAAGAAAGAACUACCGCGAUAUUCUUGAAAUACUUAACACACCAAAGCGCAUAAGAAAUCGACGAGAAAAGGCAAAGCCCAGCAGUAGUCCUCAACGUAGAUCAGCUCAAGAUAAUCCUGCUAAAGUAAUCAAUUGGUCUCCUUAUGGAUGCCACUAUUUCCCAGAUCCACGAGCGUUCCCUUCACCAAAGCUGGAAACGUUGCCGAAGGACCCACUUAAGCCGGGGGAGCAGUAUUUCCUAGACCUCGCUGGAAACAUUCAUAAAGGUCCAUUGAGUGUUGUAAACACCUGUUACUGUGGUCCAUUCUUCCGACAUAUAGAGAACAAGUUGAACUGUAACCGAAAAAGUUUGAAGAAGUACGUAAAUAAGACGAAGGAGAGACUUGGCCAUAAAGUUCAAGCUCUAGCAAUCAAAACGAAUGACCAAAUAGAGCAACUAACUCGCACAAUGAUCGCAGACCGAAUUCGUUGCGAAAACAAGCGUCAGUAUUUAAACGAAUUUCUACGAAGAGGCGAACCAUUCCGUUCAACAUUCGAUAAUCAAAGCAAAUGUCCGAAGGUCGAGCGCACUUUAUCAAGAUGUCGAAGCUUGGAGUUACUGGAUAAUACGAUUCAAGAUAGCAAAUUAACAAAUUCUAGGAGUGUGGACCUAUUAGAAGAUCAAGCAAUUCAAGCCAUCGUUCACCAUCCAAAUGAAGAAGAGGGAGAAAGCGAUACAGAUGAUGAUUCUGCCGUAGCUAAUGCUUUCAAUUCUCAAGGCCAAGCAGCUCACAGAGAACUACAACACAUCAAAUUAGACGAGCUCAAAUUGGACUUUCUUAAAGUUUCCGAACGACUGGGUGAUUUGCUGGAAAAGACCACUUUGAUUAUGGAGAGAGAUAGCGAGCAAGAAAGUAAACGCCAUCUUUCAUCUAUGUCGCCAGACUAUAAGCCGCAGCAAAGUUCUUCAUCUGGUCAAAUAUAUAGUAGAGAAAAUCAAUUCGCAAUGCGCCAAGACAAAGAUAGUCCCGACAAUCGAAAUUUCGACGCUUAUUCUCAUAUGGAGCGACGUUACCCCAACUCCAGUGAAACGUCUCAGAACUCUAAUAGUUGGGAGUGUGAAAUAUCGCCAACUGAAGGACAGUAUUAUCACAGAAUUGGUAGAAGCGAGAACAUGUUUCAAUCUGUUAUUAAAGCCCUCAGAAAAGACGCUACAUUUUUAGAUUUGAAUAAGGAUGAAAUCCAGCACAACGAAAAUGCAGACAAAACUACUGGAGAUAAGCUUAUGUACAAGGAACGAGGUCACGAAUCAUCGGUCACUGAUGUUAGUUUUCAUCCGCCGUUAUCUACGAAUCCACAGCUUUUAAAAAGGAGACCGCUCCGUGUUCAAGAGGGGUUUGUACCAAUUUCGAGUAUGUUUUAUACAAAUCCUUUGAUCAGUCAAGAGGAUAACUUAGAAUACACGGAGGGUUUAGAAAUGGCACCCAACCCAAAUGAAAGUGUGGAAAAAGUUGAAAUCAAGAACAGUGAGAUUAAAUGCCUAAAGAAAUCAAAUGCUGGACAAGUUAAAGAUAUGGUGGCACAAUUGCAAAUUAAAAUUGAUUCUAAUGUACCCCAAGAUCAUCAAAACAACAAUAUUGCACCAAGUGAAAAGAAUCCUGUAAGUUCUAGUAACAAUCCCUUAUUUUCUAACUUUAGUGGCAUGCGGCCGCAAUUAAAUAAUUACCCUAACAUUAAUGAAAAAGGUUCAGUUCAACCUCCCAAUACUUCAUUCCAAACUGAUUUGUAUGUAGAAAGGCAUAUACCAAAAGAUGCCUAUUUCCAUGAACUUCCCAAUCGUCCGAAAACCGUACAACGUCAUUCCCAAAACAUUCAACCCGGCUGUUUACCAAGCACCGAACUCUGCCCAACUAUGGAUACUUACUAUCCCAACUUUUCUCAAAGAUACCCAAUGGGUAGCCCAAUUGACUCUGCACAAACGCCACAAAAUUUAAAUGUAUCUAUGCCAAGGGAGUAUGCAAGCCAAAACGCGCAUAUACUAAACCAGCCACUUAGAUCUCCCAGCUCCCAGCUCCCGAAUUCAGUGGGCCCCGCAAUUUUUCGAAAACGGCUACCACCGGAAGGCGGGCUAAACAAUGAACCUGAUCUGGAUGAAAUGCCGACCGUGGGUUUGUACAAUAACGUUUCGAGUUUAGUUUAAGCUAUCCAUCAGA